UUGGGGCCUGGUGGCGCUGAGCGACGCCCGGGGACCUGGGUCUGCUCCGGGCGAUAUGUAAACCGUCAGUCUCCCCGUCUCUCAUCGGUAUGAGAUCGCACAUCGGACAACCGUGGAUUACGGAGCUGGUGCUGAGUUAUGGAACGGGAAAGAGCGAACAGCGGCCAGCGGCAGCUCAGGUUACUGAGUUUUUGCCACUAGAGAACUGGACGAAAGAAGGUGAACAUGAAUCUGCUGCUGUUGUUCAUAUAUCUGAUCUCAAGCACUAUAUUAAGGCUGUGGUGACAAAGGAAGCCAAACAUAACCUGGAGCAGGCGGAAGAAAAUUAUACGUUCAGUGAUAUCAAAAACAAAAUUGUUAUUUUGAGAAAAUUCAAUGUUCUGCUCAGAUUGGAACUGGAGUUGGAAGAUUGUGAAUUCUAUUUAGCUGUUCAUGAGUUGAAGAUCCUGCCAGCAGAAACUGGUUUUUCUGAUGCAUGUUCAUGCAACUUGGACUCUGCUGUGCAGAAGAAGUUGAGAGAAUUUUGGCAAAACCAUGUACAUAACAUGACAGAGCAAUCAGGAUCAUUUUCUGGUAUCUGUCUGUCAGGUUUGAUAGCAGCAGUGGAGGAUGAAGAUAAUUCAUUAAAAAGUGCAGUUGAACUCUGCCUUGAUUUAACUGAUAAUUCAAAAGCUUCAGCAUCUACAUCAUCCUUUUUAUUACCGUCAAUUAAUCAAGCAACAGGAUGGAAAACUUUGAGCAGAAAAGAAAAGAGCAAAAAAGAUACCUUCACUAUUCCCUAUGCUAUGCUUAUGAUUUCAUCUAAACAAGAGGAAGCCUUAAAUAAUAUAAAAGAAUGGAAGGAUGAUUUUGAAUGCACUGAAGAUGCAGAUUCUGAGAUGGAGCAAAAUGACAGCACAGAUGUACUCUUACAUAAUGAAGAGGGACAGGACCCUGCACCUUCACAGAAUCCUUGGAAUGCAGUGUCGCCUUUGUGUCUUGGUGGAAUUCCAUCUUCAGAGGAAACUUAUGUUUCGUGUGUUUCAGAAACGUUUGAGAAGCAUGUUGAUAAAUGUGGUGGUUGUCUUUCUUCCACAUGUUGUGAUACUCCUGGCUGCAGCAGGCAAGCCAUUAAGCUUCAGCUUCCAGACAACAACACACAAGAUCUAGAGGAAUCAUUAGAGUUGUACACAGAUGGGUCUCAGCAAGAGCGGUCACAUUCAGAAAUGUGUGCUGGAAGCCCCUUGCACACACUAACCAUACGGACAGACAGUGGAAAAACCAUAACACAUGUGGCAGAGCCUGACGAGAUACCUGCUAAAUCUGAAGACAACAAAGAGAAAUGUCUCAACCACAGCAUGACUGCCUGCAACCGCAUGUUUAAAAAUAUAUCCCCUUUAUCGGUUGCAGCUGACAAUUGUAACAAGUUGAAUUGUGUGGGCUUGUUCAAAAGCAUUGCCCCACUGACAUCAACAGCAGGAGGAAGUCAUGCAAAUCUAAAUGGUAGCCCAGGUAAACAGGUGCUGAAUUACACAACAGCAGCUAGAAACAUUGUGCUGGAAGCCAGCGAACGGCGGUUUGAUGGUGAAAAUGAAGAACUAUAUGAAAUUCAUAGAGGUGUCAAAAGGAAACGGCAAUUUACAGAUUUUGAUCAUGAACCACACAGAAACAAAGUUGACCGGAGCACUUUGUUGAGGUGUACAACUGUAAAUGGGGGCCAGAACUCAUGUAAUGUCAGUAGUGAUGGAACUUUGAUUGGAACAGAUCAUUUUAAAGAAAUAACCAAUGACGUUUGUCAGAUGGAUGCCAUUGCUACAUGUAAAGAGUCUUGCAGAAGGCAAGAAGGUAGUAGGGGUACAACUUUGAAAAGUACUGAUUUGAGAAAUUCAUCAGAAAACAACAUGAUGGUAUCAAGAAAGUAUAAUAAACUUAAUUUUGUAUCGGAGAAACCACCUCAACAAGUCCCAGAUUGUAGAAGAUCAGCGUCCUCAGAAAUUCCUAUUGCGCAGCCCACAGAAGAUGUUGCUGCCAGUAUUAAUCAUGUGCUUUCUCACAAUGCUAAGCAGGACAAAGGUAAAUCUCUGAGACAUCCUGAUGGAAGCCAAUUUUUGUACACCUAUCCAGAACCCACUCACGAGUUAAUCUCUCAGGUGAACUCUGUAAGGGUUCCCUGUGAGUUGCUGAAAUGGGCUGUUUCAUAUCUUACUGAACCAAGUUUGACACACAACUAACUGCUGUUCCUGUCUGGCAUGUAAUCGGUCAUUUAUUUUGUCGCGACUUGAGUUAAUGAAAUUACAUUUCCCCUAUGUUUUAAUGUUGAUCCAUGUUAUUUAUUUAUAUCAGUCCUGAAUACCAUUGCCUCGGGUAAAAAUAAAUUGACACACACCAAAAAUAGGGAUGCUAGUGUAACACUGCAUGCCUGGGCUGCUUUUUGGCACCAUUUAGCUGUUGACUCAGCAGAACCAUGGCCUGAAACAAGUAUCUGUCCAUGCAUCAUCUCUGGCUGGAAAGAUGUACAGCCCUGGAAGAUAAAGAAAUUGGACCAAAAUGAAGGAGUUCAUGCCCUCAAUUAACAUGAAGAUUAAUUUCUGUGGUGAGUUUUGGAGAAGACUAAUGAUUAGCCUUGUAUUGAAGGUUAUAUAAUUGUAAUAGAUAACAAUUAUAACUAAAUACUGUCCUGAAUUGUUCAGUGGUGUAAUUUUGGUU